CCAGACAUGACCCUUAAAACGAGAAUCGAGAGUUAUGUCCCUUUCCAUGCUCCGUACUCAGCUGAUAAUGCGGGUGAAAGUUCAAAUUAAUUUAUGAAAAAAUGGAUGUCAAUCAGGCGAAACAAGAGCAGCUACUCGCUUUAAAAGUGAUGCGGCUGACGAAACCGACGCUCUUCACAAACAUGCCGGUGACAUGCGAGGACAGAGACCUUCCAGGUGACCUGUUUGGUCGACUCAUGAAGGAAGACCCCUCCACCAUUAAGGGAGCAGAGACCUUGACACUUGGAGAGAUGCUCACGCUUCCUCAGAAUUUUGGUAACAUCUUCCUGGGUGAGACCUUUUCCAGUUACAUCAGCGUACACAACGACAGCCCCCAGGUGGUCAAGGACAUAUUGGUGAAGGCAGACCUGCAGACCAGCUCUCAGCGUUUGAACCUGUCCGCGUCCAAUUCAGCUGUCGCAGAGCUAAAACCAGAGUGCUGCAUCGACGAUGUCAUUCACCAUGAAGUGAAGGAGAUCGGAACCCACAUCUUGGUCUGUGCAGUCAGUUACACCACUCAGACCGGGGAGAAGCUGUACUUCAGAAAAUUCUUCAAAUUUCAGGUACUCAAGCCCCUGGAUGUGAAGACCAAGUUCUACAAUGCAGAGAGUGACCUCAGUUCCGUGACAGAUGAGGUCUUCCUUGAGGCCCAGAUCCAGAACAUCACCACCUCUCCUAUGUUCAUGGAGAAGGUGUCCCUGGAGCCGUCCAUGAUGUACAACGUCUCGGAGCUCAACACAGUGGUCUCAGGGGAUGAUGGGGCGUCCACAUUUGGGAAGAUGUCCUACCUGCAGCCUAUGGACACACGACAGUACCUGUACUGCCUGAAGCCAAAGCCGGAGUUCGCAGAGAAGGCCGGGGUGAUAAAGGGCGUGACGGUGAUCGGAAAACUGGACAUUGUCUGGAAAACCAACCUAGGGGAGAGAGGCCGGCUGCAGACCAGCCAGCUCCAAAGAAUGGCUCCUGGCUAUGGAGACGUGAGACUCUCCCUUGAGAUGAUCCCUGACACAGUCAACUUAGAGGAGCCGUUCGACAUCACCUGUAAAAUCACUAACUGCAGCGAGAGGACCAUGGACCUGGUGCUGGAGAUGUGCAACACCUGCUCCAUCCACUGGUGCGGCGUUUCGGGGCGGCAGCUGGGGAAACUGAGCCCCAGCUCCUCCCUCUCCCUCCCCCUCAGGGUCCUGUCCUCAGUCCAGGGACUGCAGAGCAUAUCUGGACUGAGGCUCACAGACACGUUUUUGAAAAGAACAUAUGAAUAUGAUGACAUUGCACAAGUCUGUGUAGUUUGUCCAUACAUGAACCCAGAGAGCUAGACCCCACCCAGCCACCCAACAGAAACCCAAACCCUGGCACUUUGCAUCUUGAAGGACCAACUGUGGAAACCUGCACAUCUCUCUCAAUCCCCUUUUACUAACUAUCUCAAAGGCAACGAGGUUUUAAAAUGUGGAAUGUUUUAACUGUGUUGAAAUGUACACUGAUUUUAAAUGUACAAACAAGUGAUAAUAAAAGUCUUAUUAACCCUA